CUCCCAAAAAUAAAAUAAAAGGAAACUGAUCUUCUUCUUUUCCCACUCUCUCUCUCACUUUCCUUUCUUUUUCCCUUCCUCUGCAAACCCUAAAUUUGAAAACAUAUUGCCAUUGCCACUUCUCAACACCAUUGAUUCUCCUAGCCCCCAAAUCAUCCCCCUCUUUCUUUUCCAUUCAAACCUAGCCCGGGACCCUCUUACCAUUAACAAAAAUAAGCAUCUUCUGCAAAAAUAAUCGAUCUUCCUCUUCCAAAAUUGAAGAUUGGGGUUAGGUCGGAGUUGAGGAGGUUCAUGUCAAGGUGUAAAAAUGGAGAUGAGAAUCCCAGUGCUCAGAGAGACAGCCACCACCAUUGCCCACUGUUUACUCUUCUAUUGUAACCAUUUAAACUAAGCUUACCUCCUUUCACCUACUGUUCCAAAAAAAAAAAAAAACACUCAGCUUAGCUCCAUUCUUUCUCCCAUACUGGAAUCCCAUCCCUCCGUCCUCCACUUUCUCUCUCACCAAACAGAAAAAAACCCUCGAUAAUUUUCUAUUCGUUUUCCCCUACCCAUGAUUUUGGAUCGGAAAUCUCAAUCUCAUCACUAAGAAAAUUGAAAGCUUGAAAAGGGCUCAUCAGAUCUGAGGCAGUGCGUGGAAAGGGUGGGGAGGGAAGUUUUUCUCUCUCAUGCAUCAUGACUGCGCCCAUCAAAUGUCUGAGGAUGAAGACAACCACCGAUCCUCGUCGCACUGAUCCCCCCUGUCAGAUCUGGCUUUCACUUCCGACAAGGCGCGCAACUAUUCCACUAUUUCCAAACCUAGAUCGAGACCAUUGGGUUUUCUAUGGUUCAAUCGGAAGGGAAUGAGCUAAGAGUGGAGAGGAAGGCCUAGCCCCAGCGGCUGUAGAGAAAGAAAGAGGCAGGGGGGAGAGGAUGCCAAAAUGUAGUGAAAGCCAGAUCAAGAAUAGAGUUGGGUACUGGGUUUUAUUGAAGGGAAGAGCUAGGGUAGAAAGGCUUGAACCAAAUAAAGAGAUCGAGGGACAAUGAAGGGAUGAAGAAGUCACAGAUGAAAGGAAGAAGAUCACCAAUGACGGAGAAGAAGGGAAGACGAGUUUGCCAGUAAUGGAGGAGAAUGGGAUGGAGAAGGGGAAGAAAGGAAGAAGAAUGGAAUGGAAGAACGUAGGAGAAAUUGGGCAAGAAAAUGAAUGGAUGGAUAUUUU